AUGUCACAGGAGCUUCCUAUUCGAAGAAAACUCGUUGUAAUUGGCGAUGGUGCCUGUGGAAAAACGUCUCUCCUUUCUGUUUUUACAUUGGGUUAUUUUCCAACGGAAUACGUCCCAACGGUUUUUGAGAACUAUGUUUCGGACUGCAGGGUUGACGGAAAAUCUGUUCAACUCGCGUUAUGGGACACAGCUGGCCAAGAGGAAUAUGAGCGUUUACGUCCUCUGUCCUAUGCAAAGGCCCACAUCAUCCUAAUUGGUUUUGCCAUUGAUUCUCAGGAUUCACUCGAAAAUGUUUCUACUAAGUGGAUCGAAGAAGUUAACAAUCUAUGCCCAAAUGUUCCAUACAUUCUUGUUGGCAUGAAGGCAGAUCUGCGUUCAGACCCCGUGGCCAUUGAAGAGAUGCGUCGCAGAAAUAAAAGCUUUGUCAAACCGCAGCAGGCUGAAAUUGUUGCCCAGAGAAUCGGUGCAAGGAAGUACAUGGAAUGUUCCUCGUUAACUGGCGACGGUGUUGACGAUGUUUUUGAAGCAGCUACACGAGCUGCCUUGACAGUUCGUGAUAGCGAAGUUGCCAAAACAAGCACAAAGUGCUGCAUUAUUUUGUAA